CAAGUGUUCAUUCGUUACUCGUUGAAUAAAAGUAAAAGUUUCAAUCAUAGAAUGGAAUAUUUAGUAACUUUGAUCGUUUGGUCGCAAACAAGAUACGAAGCAGUAAGAUAUUCGUCGUUUUAGCACUUCUGUAAGUGUGUUUCGUCGAUUCUCUGUUUACUAUUCUAAUUUGAUGGACGACCAUCGAGGAUUGGAAUAAAACCUUCGAUGUCGACCACAUCGGUCGUUUUGCUUGAACUUUUGCUUUCGCGAGCGGAGGAUCCGCUUUCAUCGGCUGGCGAAAUGUGCACGUUUACGUGCAAUCAGCGAUUUCACGCAGGUUCGCGAAUUACUGUACCGAUAAGGAGAUGGCUUGUCGUUGAUAAGAAAUGCCACCGACUUUCAGUCAGUCAAACGAAGUCGGUGGUACAUCGCCGGGUCUGCUGAAGCUCGUCAACGAACGCGAAAAUUAAAAUAACAUCGAUAUGCCAGAGUGUACAAAAAGAAAUAAAAACUGGAACGGUGUUUAUUAGAAUGUGUGUCUUGCUCUUCUCGCUCUACUUAGAUUUUUGCAAGAAAAUUAAAUAACGAUAUCAAUUCAAUACCCAUUUGUCGAGUCGUAAAAUUCGUGGUAUUAAAGUAUUGAGUCUCGAUCCUCCGGAUAAGCAAAGUUUACACAGUCUUAGUGAAAAGUUUCGACCAGAUGCUGAAACCAUAAGAACUACAUUUUUAUAUAACGUGUCUCGCGAUAAGAGAUGCUUCGACAAUGCGCUUGUUUCGCGAAGAACAUCGACGAAACAAGGACAGAACGCAACGCUGAAUUCUCUUUCCGUGAGUAAGUCUUUUAAUCAUCGAGCAAAGAGAGCACGCCAAGUUCGCAUUGGACGCGCUAAUCGUUCGCAGAUCGCUGUAAUAAAGAUAGAGGAAAUGAGUUUCGCGAUCGCUUAUAUGGCGUUGAGCGACAGCGAAGAUACGUCGGACGAAUCAAAAAUAAUAUGGCGAAUCGAGUCGCGAGGAAGCGCGAAGCGUUACGCGCAAAAUAAAUCGAAGGAUUGACCGGGAGAAUAUCCUUCGGAAAACGAAUCUCGAAACGCGAACCAAAACGGUGAUAUUUUUGGCACGCGGUUUCAAAUAAAAAAAAAUAAACUUAGGCGGGGAAGGACGAUGGAUCAGGAUAUUAGGAUGCUCGACGUCUCGGUGGAGAAAUUCCAAGAUAAGAAUCCCUGACAGAGGACACGGUUUCUCCCUCGCAGCGUUCCGCGUGACGCAACGAGCCCAUUUUCUCGCAAAUGAAAAGAGCAAACGUUAUUGUUAGUAACUGAUAAGUGGAGACCACUGGUCAGGUAUUGGCUCGUACAUAUAAGACGUCUUCAUUGCUCGGUGACCAGUAGAUCCUCUACUAGCAAACUCGGCAGCUCCCGUUUUGCCAUCCACGAUCAGUUGUUUAGCCAGCCUCGAAGGCGCCUAACAUCUUCGCGAGGAUUACGAGACAUCGAAGAUUUCGCCUUUGAUUUCACGACGAAAUCACGAAAGAAGUUCGAAUCUCCGAGAAACGAUCGAGAUCAGUGUUACCGCGAGUUUUUUCUUUUUUUUAAAGACGAAUCGAUCGAUGAUCCAAGUGCGUUGGAUCCUUCUGGGUAAGUUUGCUCAGUUGCCGUCGCAGAUGCGGCAAAAUUAAAUCGUCGGCGUUCGAAGAGGAUCAUCAAAGAGAAAAAAAGAUCGUCGAUAAAAAUGUAUUCUUUUUUCGACGGGGCCGCGAUCGUCGCGAUAAGCGUGUGAAAGAUCGAUUACGAUAACCGAAAGACCCGGUGAAGUGUGAUAAUUAAUGACGGUGGAAUAACGACGUCUUUCUACUCAGCUACCGAGUUUCAACGUUUCGGUAAUUCGCAUCGAGUAGCCCACUUCUGCAACGAUUAUGAUUACCGACGGAGAAAGAUAAAGGCUCCUAUCGAUCUUGGAUCUUAUUAGAAUUAUCGGCAUUUAAUUAGAGAGGAAGUUCACCCGGGGAUCUCUAAAUUCGUCGAAUAUUUUUCGAAAUAGGACUUUACUCGAUGAAACGAGAAAUUGAGCACUAGAAAGUGAAAACAACAGCCAAAAAGUACUUUCGAGUUGCAAAUCGAAGAUGAAUCGAGUAAAAGACAAUUAAAUACUCGCGAACGAAUUGAACUUUAAAGGAUAGGAACAACAUGGACGCUGAUACUCCGAAGAGCCCGGUUUUAAAAUCGCCAUCGUCGGAUCGGGGGGACAAGCAAACUCUAUUGCCACCCGCGUCACCCACGACUCCCAUAAUCGUUCAACUAUCGAAGAGUCCAAAUGCGUCGUUCAGAAGCAGGAGCCGGUACAGGGCAGGUCCAACGCGCAAGCUGCGUCGUCGAGCCGUACUGAAGAACGGGGACUGCAACGUUCUGCAAUCCCGGAUCUCCAGACGUUCGUUACGCUUCCUCCAGGACAUCUUCACGACUCUGGUGGACACCCAAUGGCGAUGGACGUUACUCUGCUUCAGCCUGAGCUUCGUGCUCUCCUGGCUGGGGUUCGCGGUGAUCUGGUGGCUGAUCGCCUUCACCCACGGUGACUUCGAGGAACGCCACCUGCCUCCGUCACAGAUCGAGAACAACUGGACGCCCUGCAUCUACAACAUCUUCUCCUUCACUAGCUGCUUCCUGUUCAGUAUCGAGACCCAGCACACGAUCGGUUACGGCAGUCGUUCGACCACCGAAGAGUGCCCCGAGGCGAUAUUCGUGAUGUGCAUCCAGAGCAUAGCCGGCGUGAUGAUACAGGCGUUCAUGGUCGGCAUCGUGUUCGCGAAGAUGAGCAGACCGAAGCAGAGGACGCAGACGUUGCUGUUCUCGAGGAACGCCGUGGUCUGCCAGAGGGACGGCGAGCUGUGCUUCAUGUUCCGGGUGGGCGACAUGAGGAAAAAGAGCCACAUCAUCGGGGCCGCGGUACGAGCGCAGCUGAUCAGGUCCAGGACCACCAAAGAGGGCGAGAUACUGUCGCAGAACCAACGGGAACUGGCCAUAGGCACCGACGGCCAGGACGGGAACCUCUUCUUCAUCUGGCCGACCACCAUCGUUCACAAGAUCAACCAGGAGUCCCCGUUCUACAACAUGUCCGCCGAGGACAUGCUGACGGACAGGUUCGAGGUCGUGGCCAUCCUCGAGGGUACCAUCGAGUCCACCGGGCAAACCACCCAGGCCAGAUCCAGCUACCUGCCGCAAGAGAUCCUCUGGGGCCACAGAUUCGAACCAAUGGUCGCCUACUCGAAGGAGAGGCAGGGUUACGAAGUGGAUUACUCGCUGUUCAAUAGCACCACGCAAGUCGAUACGCCUUUGUGCUCGGGCAGAGAGCUCGCCGAGUUUUACAAGGUGCAGGAGGAACUUUGUCAUGGGAACGGUGUGAUAGUCGACGAGGAUUUCGUAGGGGAGUCCUGCACAGACACUCAGUGCCACUGUGGUCAUCGUCCAGCGAUCGCGUCGAGUCACUAUCAAACGCAUCCUCUGGUGUACGUGGACAGCGUCAGAAGCGAGAAUAGCGUCGACGAAACGGCAGGCUUUCGGAAUGCUUUAAGACCUCCAGCCCCGUCUCGAGAGCACGGCCAGUACAAAAUCCUAGAUUUAGAUAGCGACGACAUUCAAGUGUUGAGCGAGGUGGAGCUGCAACAGCUACCGGAAGCAGUGAACAAGGAGAUCCUGAAGAACAGCCAGGAGAUCGUCUACGAGGGACUGGAAACGACCGAAGGGAAUCCGCUUUUGAGACCAGUCGGUGGUCGUCGGAGCGUGAUCAGACAUCCGUUAUUGGACGAGGAAAGAAAAUCGUGGAACAGCUCCAAGAGGAGCCAUUAUCAUAGAAACAUUCUGAGAAGCUUGGAGGAGGACAGAAGGUCCCUGGACGGGUCCAGGAAGAGUUUGAGCGGAUCGAGGAGGUAUCUUCUGGUGCCUCUGGACAGCAGAAACUCGGAACCGGGUAACAGGGAGAAUUUAAUUGCCAUCAGACGACACACAGGGAGCAGGGAAUGCUUGAACGUCGCGAGGAAGAACCUGAAAGGAUCGAAAGAGACUCCCGAGACCAGAGGGAAAGUGAACUCGAACGAAGACAGAUUGACGAUCGAGACGGAGAAGUUCUCGAAACAGACGUCUCCUCGUCUGCAGGGGACCGCUAUAUCCGAAGAUAACAGGACGUCGUUGUCGGACCCUAAUCUGUCACCGAACGAAUACGUUUCUUCUGUAAAGUGUCGCCAAUCGCCUGGUCCGGUGUCGCCGAUCUCGCCGACGUCGGAUCUCUCCCCGGAGUCGGGAUUCUACGAGGGAGGACAGUGGAACUCCAGCCCAGAGUACAUCAGGAAGGAUCUCCGGCUUCCCAAUGUGUCUGUGAUCACGAAAAAUAGAAGAAGCUACGAGAACGCGCAGCUACAGGACGUUAACGAGGCCUUGUCCAGGCCCAAUAGUGAAAACAGUUCGCUAGACAGUGAAGAAUCGACGAAGAAUCUAGCGAACGACAAUAUUCCUCAGAAAUACGGGGAGAAGAACGUCGUUACUAAACAGGCAAUCUCUUAUACAAGUGUCUGAUACGAAUAGAUAAUUCUAUGUGCCUUUCUCACGAACGUAUCGCUUCCAAGUGCCAGUGCAAACGUGUUACACGGUCGAGACUAGCGUUCACAUCCGAAACACGGUAUUCUUAAUCGAUCGUUGCUCGAUCCUCGACUACUUACAUCGGAGAAGUUAGAACGAAACAGUGGAAUCACUGAUUCUAGUCAAAUUUUAUUCGAUGAAUCUUAAACGGAAGGAAGAAUCGUCAGAAAAUUGUUGGGUAAAGUCAGUGAUUCUACCGGAUACGGCAUCUUCUUGUUUGGAAGAACGCCUGGAGGUGUAGUUUUGAGCGCGAUGGUUCCAAUGGUAGAGUUAAGGCGUCGAAUCGCGAGCGGAUGUGUUAUCUGUUACAACAAAACUGAGAACUAAAAACAUCAGCGUUUGAUAUCUCGAAAAUUGUACGAAUCAGGAGGCUUACAUUUUGCUAUUUAGUGCUUUGACAUUGUCAACGGAUGUCAUGAGCUAAAAGAGAAAUAUAAGAUUGUGAAAUCUUUAAGGGACCGAAGGGAAGCAGAACCCAGUGUUCCUCCAUCGCGUGAACAUUUUCCAAGUUUAUCGAGCUGUUCUUUCCGUAUGAAAUUUGUUAACAACGAUAAGCUCCGUCGAUACUCGCGCGCAUCUACCAUCUCUUCGUUUCAUUAGCUAAGAGUAAAUUUAAAUAGGUAAAUUAUUAAACGAAACGAAAGUUCCCUGAAACUUGUAUGUAUUUUAUUCACGGUGAACCGAACAUUUGGAAAAAAUACUCUGCGACCGCUUCCAAAACGACUGUGUCGAGAAACCAUAAUCAUGGAGGUAAGUAAACAGGAGCAUCGACGAACGUAACAGACAUUUAUGCGCGAUCAAGACGCAUUGUUUCAGAAUGCACUGCAGGUGUAUGGAAAUUUAUAUUAUUCUCCGACUCGCCACGAUUGUAUUAAAUUGUAAAUCGCUGUGAAACCGCAGGUCGGUUCGCGCGAAGCUACCACGCCGUAAUUUAGAGAAAUUGUACAUGCGAUUUUCUUCCUUCUUUGAUAUAUAAUUUCGAAGACGAAGCACGCAGCGCUUUUCUUUUUCCAUCGUAUUAACCCUCCAAUUGUUUUACGAAAUAAAAUUUCACGAAUAAAAUUUCGAUAUUCACAGUUGGUCCACUCAUUAGAUUUAAACGCGAAAAUCGUCAUUGGGCGUAAACGAGAGUACAUUUAGUAUGCGACGAAACUUGAAUGUGACUGAUUGCGAGGUCGCUGUCAUCUCGAUCCUUUCCGUGCUUUAAUAAAUAAAUUUAUUACGCUUUUUUCAAAACCAUGUCGGCGACGAAGGAGAGAAACACGCCUCGAAACCUGUGGAUUGUAUCUUUAGGACGCAAGUAGUCAUCUAACAAUAGUGCCUUAUUUUUUUUUUUUCUUUCUAUUCGUGCGAGAAAGGAAGGAACGCGUGCGUUCACGGUCAAAAAUAAAUUAACAUUGAUAUUUAUUGCUUCCAGAAUAUUGUAAUUACUAGCUGGACAUUUGUAUAUAACGUAAUAAUUAAAAAUACCGUUGAUAGAACGUCGAUCGAUACAAACGACAGCUAUAAUAAUUCCCGCUUUUAAGCGACAACAUCCGUUGGUUUUUAUUUCGAAUUAAGAUCGAGUCACGCUUGUAUCAUUCGACGAAAAAAAGUGGAGAGAUAGCUACAGCAAAUAAAUCUCGGUUGCCAAAACUUUAUAUGUAAAAUAGCAAUCUUUAUACUUGUCGUUACAUAUAUUAAUAACAGUAUCAUCUGUGAAUUGGCAAAGACGAUCUUGUUCACACUAUUUUUAAUUGAUGUUUCAAUCAUUUUUGAUGAAAGUAGACAAUAUGUAAACAUUUCAAUUUAAAAGAAGCUAUCGUUACGCAGUGGAAUAAUUUAAGGGGGUUAUUCUACUUUGAAACCGUAAAGUAGAAUAGCCUCUUCGUGUAUUAAAAUGGCGAUGUAACUAUUCCCUGUACAGGUAAGUGCUAAUUUCUUUUGUCGAAUCUUUAAUUUGAAACCUUUCAGUGGAAUACCCGUUAAAAUAAAAUUUCUAUUUUGUCAGUGAGAAUUUACAAUCCAGAUUCAAGAAUGAAGCGUAGGAAGAUUAUAAUAAAAAAUUGCUACACCUUCAAGAAAGAUUGUUAGCGCUCAAACUGUACGAAACUGUUUUUUCAUUCCAAUAAAAUUUACAACAGCGAGAAAA